UCGUUCUUCUUGCCUUCAUUCCAGACUUCACCCCAUGUGUGUUUAUAGUUUAUGCAGGCAUGGUCUGAGUUAGAUUUAUGCCAUCAGCUUGAACUUCGGUGUAGCGGAUUGCAUGGUUCAACCGGAAUAACACCACUUGGUCCCCCGGUAUUUAUCUCAAGCCAGCCCAGCAUGGCCACUUCUCCGGCGAUUGCACCCGAGGCCAUGGACACGUCGGCCUUGCCGCAACUCCCGCAAAAGCGCUUCUACCGGCAACGUGCUCACUCUAAUCCCAUGGCCGAUCACUGCUUCGAUUACCCGCUCACGCCCGCUCACAUGGACUGGCGAGCCCUCUAUCCGGACUUUCAGUCCCACGACCCGCUGGCCUCGCCCCAAGUCCGGCUAGCCGACAUCGGAUGCGGUUACGGCGGGCUCUUGGUCCAACUUUCGCCCAUGUUCCCCGACCAGCUCAUCUUGGGCAUGGAGAUCCGGGUCAAAGUAUCGGACUACGUGCGAGAUCGUAUCCAAGCCCUCCGACAGCAACACCCCGGAUCCUACCGCAAUAUCGCGUGUCUGCGCUCCAACGCCAUGAAGUACCUGCCCAACUUUUUUCGGCCAGGUCAACUCGAGAAGCUCUUCUUUCUGUUCCCCGAUCCGCAUUUCAAGAAGGCCAAGCACAAAUGGCGCAUCAUCAACGACACAUUACUCGCCGAGUACGCCUACGUGCUGGCCGUGGGCGGGUUGAUCUACACCAUGACCGACGUGGAGGAGCUCCAUGUGUGGAUGAGCUCGCAUUGCGCCGAACAUCCUUUGUUUGAGGCCCUGACCGAGAGCGAGCUCCAGCUUGACCCGGUGGUAACCAAGUUGUACGAAUCGACCGAGGAAGGCCAGAAGGUCACGCGGAAUGCCGGUCAAAAGUGGUGUGCCGUGUUUCGACGCAUUCCUGAUCCCAAUAAAUGAAUGAACAUUGCGCCUUAGCCAUCACUGAAAAGAAGAAAAAAAAGGCAGCCUUUGAUUGAUCGGACCCUCCGUUCUAUUUUUCAG